GGGGGAGGGGAAGUGUGGCUUUAAUUUCACAAAUAAGGACGUGAGUGUCAGAUUUCCCUUACUUCACGGUAUCACCGCGUUAGCUCACUGUACAUUAGAUCAACCAGCUGUUUUCAUCGGCACCUUUGCUUGCCUAACCAAAGGCAUUCAAUAUUUUCGACACAGUUUAUUACCAGAAUACGUCAAUGAUGUCUGGAAUGCAGUUUUUUUUAUUCCAAAAAUUCCUACAGAAUACUUUCUGGCUCCAUUUGGUGAUACGGCAGUAAUCCAUUUGUGGGUUUGCUACAAAACACCAAAGAGACAAGAGUACCUGAUGACAACCUUAUGCCUCAUAGCUACAGACGAGAUCAGCUACAGCGUCGGGGAGAAAACUCACAAGUUGAUGCAAUGUACCAGGUCGUGCCAGGAAGCUUACCUGCUGCUCGAGAGAGACAAUCCAAAGAAGUUAAGCCAUUGAUAUGUACUAUUUUACUGGGCUUGCUACUGGUAAUUGCAGCAGUAGUUGCAUGGUGCUAUUACACUGCAUCAUUGAAGAAAUUAAACAGUUUCAAAAUAGAAGAGUUGGAGCUCUACAAGAAUGGAUUUUUCAUCAAGAAUACUGCUAACAUGGUUUUAUUUGAAAUGGGUUUCAAAUCUGCUCCUAUUGACCUUGAAUCAUGUUUUCAAGAUGAAGCCGGAGGUGAGGUAAACUGCACAAAGUCUGGUGAAGAGAAGGUGGACUUCUUUAUCAAAACCUUUAAACCCAAAGAUACCAUAACUUGCUACAAUAUUGAAUGGAAGACAGUCGUAUUGGACUCUGUUGUUGAACAUUGCAUGCAUUGGGCAGAUGGACAUUGGUAUGGAGGUGCAGAAACUAGCACACAGCAUUGGCCUAUCAAAAUUUCAGGUGUAAUGAAUCCUAAGCCAUAUGUAACAGGCGAUGUGUACUCCAUACGUGAUGGCUUUGGUGGAAUUUUAGAAAGGUAUUGGGUCUCCUCUAAAUCUGUGGCCGUUCGAGUUAAUGACUCAGUCCCUCUGCACGUUGGUUGGAACAGCUCAGACAAAGAAGCAUUUUGCCUGCGUGCUCGCUACAAAGAUUCUCCAUUUCAACCACCCAUAGGACAACAACCAUUUGUAGAACUAAGUUAUCAAGUCUGUAUUGGUUCUGAUUUAAAAAUUAUCCACAGAUACAUGGCCAAAAAACAUUUCGGAAAGCCUGCGAUUACGCCUUCAGAAAUUAUGUUCAGGUACCCUAAAUGGUCCACAUGGGCUCUGUUUAAAACUGAAGUGAACCAGGAUAAAGUUUUGCGUUAUGCAGAAAAAAUCAAGAAGUAUCAAUUCAACUUCAGUCAUAUUGAAAUAGAUGAUCAAUACUCCAGUAGCUAUGGAGAAUUUGACUUUGACCCAGUGAAGUUUCCAAAUGCUUCAGAACUGCUUCAAAAACUCAGGGAUGAUGGAUUCCAGGUGACAUUAUGGGUGCAUCCCUUUGUUAAUUAUAAUUCUCCCAGUUUUAUCAAGGGUGUAGAAAAUUCUUAUUUUGUGAUGGAUCCCAAUGGGAGAUUUCCUGCCUUUGUGGAGUGGUGGAAUGGUAUUGCAGCAGUUUUGGACUUCACCAAUCCCGAAACCACAGAUUGGUUUCAGAAAAGAUUGGAAUACUUAAGGUCAAAGUAUGGGAUUGUGUCUUUCAAAUUUGAUGCAGGUGAGACCAGUUACCUUCCUGCAAAGUUUAGCACUCACAAGCCUCUGUCUGAUCCUAGCAUGUUUAGUAAGUUGUAUGCAAAAAUUGCAGCUUCGUACUGUAUGUUGGCUGAAGUGAGAGUAGGAUAUCACACACAGAUGCUCCCUUGUUUUGUUCGUAUGAUUGACCGCGAUUCUGUUUGGGGUUAUGAGCUUGGUUUAAAGUCUUUGAUUCCAACUGUCCUCACCAUGGGUAUUUUAGGGUACCCCUUCAUAUUGCCUGAUAUGAUUGGAGGAAACGUUUAUCCAAACAAAACUGAUAGCCCUGAUGAGAUUCCAGACCGUGAACUUUAUAUUCGCUGGCUGGAACUGUCAGCUUUUCUUCCAGCUAUGCAAUUUUCUAUUCCUCCUUGGCUUUAUGAUGAGGAGGUUUUGAAAAUUGCGUAUAAAUUCACACAGCUUCGAGAAAGUUUAGUUGUGCCCCUUAUCCUUCGGUUAGCAGAGGAAACCACAAAGACAGGUAAUCCAAUUAUAAGGCCCCUCUGGUGGAUUGCUCCAGAUGACAAAGUGGCACAAAAGGUAGACACACAGUUUCUCAUUGGGGAUUAUCUUAUGGUAGCCCCCAUUCUAGAAAAAGGUAAAGAGGCGAGAGAUAUCUACCUUCCUGAUGGUAAAUGGCAAAGUUUCAAUGGAGACCUUUUUGAUAAGACACCAAAUUUGCUAACGGACUUUGCAGUUGACCUUGAUGAAGUGGCCUAUUUCAUCCGUAUGAUCUGAUUUCUUUAUUUUUAAAGUUUGGAGUAUUUCAGUAACUAGUUAAAUGAGAUUUUUUUUAAAAACAAAUGAUUACAGUAUCUAUGUUCGGACAUAAAUUCCAGGAUUAUCCACAGACAGACAUGUUAAUGUUAUACUUGGGGCACCUUAAAAUUUUAAGAGUGAAUGGAGUUUUUUUUAAAAAGAUCUGUUUCCCUAAAUGAGCCUGUCAUUACUUUAAGUAAUGACUCCAACUAAGAAGAAAAUAAGUGAACAAUAAAGCUAAAUGAAAUCAAGUAUUUUUUUUCCAAAAUUUCUUUUAAAGAAAAGGCUUGAUUCUGUUAAAGUCAAAUGAGGUGAGAUAGCAGGGAAUUGGGUGAAAAAAUCCAAGUCUCAUGUUUUUAGUAAAUCAGAUAAUCCUAAAUUAUUUUAGCAAGUCACAGAUCAAACGAAACACAUUCUAUUUUGUGUAUAUAACAAGUUUGGAUGAGGUGAUGGAAAUGUCACUGAACUCAUAAUUCUUUGGGACCUGGGUGCAAAUCUCACCAUGAUGAUUAAUGACAAAAAAAUCUUAAAAUGAAAGUUAAUUUCAUGAUCUUUAUUGAGGCUAUCAUUGUGAAAACCCAUCUGGUUCAUUCAUAUCCUUUUUACUGUCCUUACCUAGUUUGACCUACAUGUGACUCCAGAUCCAUAGCAAUUUGGUCGACUCUUGGCUGCCCUCUGAAGUGGCCUAAUAGAGAUUCAGUUAAAGGGCAUUUGAGGAUGAACAAAAAAUGCCAGCGAUGCCUGCAUCCCAUUAAAAGUUAGAAAAUAAGCAGAGAACAAUUGAAGUAAAACUAGCUAUUGCCAAAUAGGGAGCAUACAGGAGAGACUACAGGAAAUCAUACAUUUUCCCAAAUCUCUUACAAACCAGUGAACUGAAAUUAGUUUUGUAGUAGAAUUGGCAAAGUGAGUCUUUUCUCACUGCACCUGUUUUCUGCUCCCAUUUAUGUGAAACAAAUCAGAACAGAAAGCAGUAUUGACCGUGCAACUUAUUGGCCAUCAAUACCUGAGAAUGGUAAAACUUUCUAGUGUGAGGAAAUUUGGGCAUUAUGAAUCUUUGAAAGUGAAUUACAAAUGGAAAAACAAUAAAAUUGACAGUAGGUUAUAGUUGUGAGAAAUGUAAGAAACUAGAAAACUAUUAAAUUUCUCUGCUUCCAGUGAUGGAAGAAUCUAACCCACAACAUUUUGAGAAUAUAUGGGGAAAAAAAACUUGUUGUUAACACUGGGAUACAGACUGUCUAGAUUAGGAGCAGGAAUCUAAGGCUAGAAGACUCUUAAAAACCGAAAGAACUGCAGAUGCUGUAAAUCAGGAACAAAAACCGAAGUUGCUGGAAAGGCUCAGCAGGUCUGGCAGCAUCUGUG